AUGUCAGGGAAGGAGGCCCAACCCGUGGCUUCCUCCACCAAGGAAUCAGGACUCCUCCCUUGUGGGUCCUGUGACAUGGUUUUCCGUUCCUGGACCCUGUUGGCCACCCAUACUCAGCGUUUCUGCAUUGGCCGUCUGACCCAGGAGGUGACACUUGGAGCACAGCCUUCAAAGGCCACAGAAACGGACCCCUGUGCGGUAAGGGUCUCCUUUGAUCAGGUUUUGUCACAAGAACCCCAGGGCCUUUCAGAUCCGGAAGCCAGUAAGUUAGCUCUAACAAGGCUGACAGAGGAGGUACAAAGGCUGCGGCUGUAUCUGCAGGAUGUGCAACCCUGGAUGAAGGAGGUUCCUGGGGAUUCAGAGAGACCCUGGAAGCCUUCAGAGGCACCCACUCAGAGUCCUGCAUCUGAGGCAGCAGGAAGCCCUGAUGAACGUUUGCAGACGCCGUACAGGAUACAUGCAAGACGCGUGGCAGAGACCGAAGCACAGGGCCCGGCUCUGCAGACACGUGGCGAGGAACUGAGCAGGUGCCUGCAAGAUUUAGCCCCGUCGCAGGGCGGAUUAGCUCGCCCGCUCAGUGUGGAGCGGGAGCUUCGGGAACUGCGGGCAGAGGCCAGGAGAACUAAGGGAGCCCUGGAAAUGUUGGAGGAACAAAUCCAGCAAUUACAUUUGGAGCCCGGGAUCCCACUGAACUCCUUAAGAGCAGCAGAACUUUGUUAUCCGGGGCUACAGACCAGCGCGGGGACUCUGGCUGCCGAGAUAGGCGCUCUGCGGGAGGCCUACCUUCGAGGCGGGGGUCGGGACCCGGGCCUGCUGGGCCAGAUGUGGCAGAUGCAAGCGGAGGCGUCAGCCCUGGAGCAGCGGCGGUCGCGGAUUCGCAGGGGAAAACAUGCAAGAGAUGCAUCCGGGGAGCUUCUGGCAGUGGAAACUGAAAACCAGCGCCUGGAGGCUGAAAUCUUGGCUCUGCAGAUACAGAGAGGCCUCGGCCCAUUCUUCCGGGGUUACAUCCCAGGAGAGUGGACAAGUGGCAGCUUCCAGCUCACGCCUGAGAAGAUGGGGAGAUCCCCCACUCCUUCCACCAUCAGUAGCUCCCCCACUGCCACCAUUUCUACCCUCUACAGAAACCCUCUUGGAUGGCAAGGAAAAGGCUGUGAGGACCCAGGGUUUGGGCCACAGCUUUCUGGAGCUAGGACCAAGAACCUGGGCCUGGAUCCCUACUUCCUCCUACCCUCAUCUGAUGUUCUGGGCCCUGCACCUUAUGACCCCGGGACUGGUCUGGUCAUUUUCUAUGACUUCCUGCGGGGCCUUGAGGCUUCUUGGAUUUGGGUGCAGUUAAUCUCUGGCUUGGCACGAGAUGGACAGGAUACAGGAAGGAGUACAGCAUUGCCCCCAGCCCUUUGCUUGCCCCCACCGCCAGCUCCUGGACCCAUGGGCAAUUGUGCCAUUCUUGCCAGCAGGCAGCCUAUACCCAGGUUGCCACCCUCACCAUCAGUGUCCUUGAUCUGUGAGCUGCAGGCGUGGCAAGGGCCAUCAUGGUCGAGGGCACCAGAACCAAAGGCCUGGGCCUCACUACACCUAUUUGACCGGGGUCAGAGGGUGUUAAGUGGUCGAUGGCGUCUCCCACUUCGAGCCCUUCCUCGGGACAACAACCUUAGCCUUGGGCAGCUGAAUGGAAUCCCCCAGGUUGGACAGGCUGAACUUUUUCUGCGGCUGGUCAAUGCAAGAGAUGCAAGUGUUCAGACACUGGCAGAGAUCAAUCCAACAAGUGCCCAGGAGUACCAGUACCCACCUCUGAUGUCCAGCUCUACACUGGAAGCCAGCAACUUGGCUCCAGCAGCUGGCUUUGUUGAUCCCCCUCCUCCAGAACCCCUCACAGACAGAGUAAAGGAAAGAGAUGAAAAUCUGAGCCCUACAAGUGUUGACCCACCAAUUUGA